CGGAAUUUCAUCUCUAUGAUUUCCAGGGAGACCCUUGAGAAGUUUGGAAUUCACACCGCCGAACAUGGCCAUAUCAGCCCUUGACUCGCGCGUGUUCCGCAACCUCUUCGGCACACAGGAGAUUCGCGACAUCUUUACCGAUGAAGCAUACGUGCGCCAAAUGAUUGCUACAGAAGCCGCGCUUGCCCGCGCCGAAUCUGCAGUCGGCGUGAUCCCGGCUGAAGCGGGCGCUGUAAUAACACAGGCUCUCGAGAACGUGAAGAUUGAUUUCGACCGACUCUCCCGCGAGACCGAGAUCGUCGGAUACCCCGUUCUGCCUCUUGUGCGACAACUCGUCGAGCAAACACCCGAGGAUAUGGCGAAGUACAUCCACUGGGGCGCAACGACGCAGGACAUCAUGGACGAUGCGUCGAUCCUGCAGAUCCGCGAGGGCCUCACACUCAUCAAACGCGAAGUGGAGAGGCUGGUCGGCGUUCUUAGAAGGCUCGCCAAAGAGUAUCGCGAUACACCAAUGGCAGGUCGAACACAUCUUCAGCACGCACUCCCCGCAACCUUCGGGUAUAAAUGCGCGGUGUACCUGUCCAGUAUACUGCGCCAUCAGGAACGUCUCGCGGAGAUCGAGAAGAGGUGCCUUCUCGUGCAGUUCGGUGGGGCGGCAGGUACGCUCGCUUCACUGGGUACAGGGGACGAAGGAGUUCGGGUUCGCGCACAGCUCGCGAAAGAACUUGAUCUCGCGGAUCCGCCGAUAACGUGGCACGUUGCGCGGGAUAAUAUCGCUGAGAUACUUAACUUCUUGGCAUUGAUAGGUGGAUCGCUGGGCAAGAUCGCGUACGAUGUGAUGCUCAUGUCGUCGAAUGAGUUGGGAGAGGUGGCGGAGCCAUUCGUCCCACACAGGGGUGCGUCGUCGACAAUGCCGCAGAAACGAAAUCCAAUUUCAAGUGAGGUCGUGCUGGCGGCGUCGAAGCUAUUGCGUGCUAACGCGGGCUUGGGUCUUGACGCGAUGGUUGCUGACUUCGAGCGUGCUUCGGGACCCUGGCAUCUUGAGUGGGUUGCUAUCCCAGAGGCUUUUGUUUUGUGUGUAGGCGCCUUGCAUCAGACGAACUUUGCGCUGGGUGGGCUGGUUGUUAAUGUUGGGGCAAUGCAUGACAAUCUGCAUUCGACGAGGGGGUUGAUUGUGGGCGAGGCGGUGAUGAUGGGUUUGGCGCCGUUCAUUGGCAGACAGAAGGCGCAUGAUGUUGUGUAUGAGGCUUGUCGGACGGCCAUUGAGGAGGGGAAGUCGUUGUUUGAUGUCCUCAAGACAAAUGCGGAUUUGAUGGCGGACCUUGAUGAGAAGCGUGUUGCUGAGUUGUGUGAUCCAUUGAAUUACCUUGGGGCGAGUCAGAUCAUGGUCGAUCGAGUACUGGAAGAAAGUACAUGAAAUCGUUUGCGAUCACCGCAUUUUCACGACAAGACUUUGGGGAGAAGACUGAAAGAGGCAUGCGAAAGCAAUUAAUAGGCACAUUUUAGCCCCAUGGUCGGGCCGAAUGCAAUUUGGGGCAGGAGGUGCGUAUUUUUGGUAUAUGGGAAUGUUCAAAGCUUGAAUUUGUAGACAACAAAAGAUGGACCACUGCAUCCAUUGCCCCGAAGGACUAAUGCGCGGUGAGUAGCGUGUCAGAAGGUGUUUGAUCUUCUUUGCACCAAAAUAGGCCUAUAUCCUGGAUAAUAUCCAAUCGCGAAGAGAGGAGGGAUAAAGGCCAGAGUGUUGGCAAAGGUCUGCAGGGACUUGAGAAUCCCGCAAUUGGGGCAAGAAGGGUUCGGUGCAGUGAAAGCAAGUAAAGGAAA